CCAGCACUGUUAAACACCUGUUUCGGAGAAAUAAUAGCAGACAUGAAAAAAGCGGCGGGCUUUGUUAUUUUUCGCCGUCUUUGCGGAGAAAUACAAUACCUUUUGCUUAAGGCUUCCUACGGUUCCUUUCACUGGAGUUCCCCAAAAGGACAUGUGGAUCCCGGAGAGGAUGACUUUACCACAGCUCUGCGGGAAACGAAAGAGGAAGCCGGAUACGACGAAAAGGAUUUGAUAAUAUACAAGGACACACCUCUGACUCUUAACUACGAAGUGCAGGGAAAGCCCAAGAUUGUUAUCUACUGGCUAGCGGAGCUGCGGAACCCCUGUCAGGAACCCAUUCUUUCCGAAGAGCACACCGACCUUAAGUGGUUGCCCAAAGAUGCGGCCAAGGAGUGCGUGGGCUUCAAGGACAACCAAGAUAUGAUCGACCGGUUCCAUGACAUGAUUCAAAACAAACAGUAGGGAACUUAAAAUACCAAAAUAAAAGCGUUGCUUCGUUGCGCAACACUGAAAUGUACAUAAAUAAAUACCAAACCCUUUAGUAAUGUUCAAGAAUAAUUUGAUUCCGACUCCAAAUAAAUAAAUUUGUAUUCCAAAACAAAACAAUUA